AUGUCGAUUUUCAACCAAUUCUUAUCUUUUCCUGAAUGGAGAGAAGCGAGUGCCAAUUUAGAAGAAGCUAUAAAGAAUAACAAAAAGAAGCAAGAAUAUUUUAUUCGAUCAACUGAAGAUUGUUUUACCGAAUUCGUUAGAAAACAGCCAGAACAGAUAAAUGAUAUCCUAUUCAAGAUAAAUGAAAAGUAUGGAUUAGUUAAACAAUGCAAUGAAUCUGAUUUCUCAGCACAAAACAAAUUAUAUGACGAUAUUUCGAAACUCAAACCCACAUACGACGACAUUGUUGCCAAAAAGAAGAAUCACGAGAAAAUAAAAUCCAACUUCGAAAAGAGCAAAUCCGUCACUGAUAAGGCUGAACAGAGAUUAACAGCUGCUAGAGCCAAAGGAUCAGGCUCACCGGAUUUACGAAAGGCAGAAGAAGCAUUUGAAACUGCCACACGCCAGAAACAAAUAGAUACAGCAAAUUAUGAAGAAUCAGAAAGUAAAAUAGUGAUUGAAGUCAAAGAAUAUAAAAUCCGUUUAUUCCAACAAUUAUUACAGUCUAUUAGCAAUUUCGCUUCGAAUUGUUCUCAGAAUUCUUCAACAUUAACACAAAUCGGAAAUGAGAUACACCAACUCGGUGAAUCAAUUCCAAAUCCAGAAGAUCAGUCUGUUAUCAAGUUAAAGACUCGACUUCAAACUCUUCGUGCUGAACCAAUUGAUAGUUAA